AUGGAGCAGCCCAGACCUUGCCCAGCCUCCGUGGAUGUGUUCCACACCAAUGACUCCUUUCACCACGCCAGGAACUGCAGUGGCAGUGGCGGCGCAGAAGAAAGCGCCACCUACCAAGAUGGCACCCCGCUCUCCUGGAAGGUGGUGCUGACCAUCAUCUUGGCCCUCAUCACCUUGGCCACCAUGCUGUCCAACGCUUUUGUCAUUGCCACCGUCUACCAGAGCCGCAAGCUCCACACGCCGGCCAACUAUCUCAUCGCUUCCUUGGCUGUCACGGACCUCCUGGUGUCCAUCCUUGUCAUGCCCAUCAGCACCAUGUACACUGUGACUGGGAAAUGGACCCUGGGCCAGAUCGUCUGCGACAUCUGGCUCUCUUCGGAUAUCACUUGUUGCACUGCUUCCAUUCUCCAUCUGUGUGUGAUCGCCCUGGACAGGUACUGGGCCAUUACGGAUGCGGUGGAGUACUCUACUAAAAGGACUCCCAAGAGGGCGGCUGUCAUGAUUGCCCUGGUGUGGGUCUUCUCCAUCUCCAUCUCAAUGCCCCCUUUGUUCUGGCGCCAGUCGAAAGCUGAAGAAGAGGUGGCAGAUUGCGUGGUGAACACGGAUCACAUCUUGUACACCGUCUACUCCACGGUGGGGGCCUUCUACUUCCCCACCUUGCUUCUGAUCAUCCUCUAUGGAAGGAUCUACGUGGAAGCCAGGUCUCGGAUUUUGAAACAGACACCAAAGAACACAGGCAAAAGGUUAACCCGAGCCCACCUAAUAACAGAUUCCCCGGGCUCAACGUCAUCAGUCACGUCCAUAAACUGCAAAGCUUCGGAGGCUUCUAGUGAAACGGGGUCUCCUGUGUACAUGAACCAAGUCAAAGUGAAGGUGUCUGAUGCACUGCUGGAAAAAAAGAAGCUGACUGCCGCAAGAGAGCGGAAAGCUACCAAGACUUUAGGGGUUAUUCUAGGAGCCUUCAUUGUGUGCUGGCUGCCCUUCUUCAUCAUCACCUUGGUGUUGCCUAUUUGUAAAGAUGCUUGCUGGUUUCACAUGGCCAUCUUUGACUUCUUCACAUGGUUGGGAUAUCUUAACUCCUUAAUCAACCCCAUCAUCUACACCAUGUCCAAUGAAGACUUCAAACAGGCAUUUCAUAAAUUGGUACAGUUUCGGUGCACAAGCUGA